GCAAUGAUAAAAUAGAUUCUUGCGAAAUCAAUGCUUCGUCCAUCUUGAACCGACACUACGCUCAACCAGCGCUCGGGGCUGUUAUCUGAUUGAUGCGCAUCGAAACAAACCAGUGUGCUAGUCUAGUCUAAAAGUUCCACACGACUGAAAAUGCUGAUCGUGGAGUUUUGGAUCGCUCUCGGUACCACGGUGCUGCUGUUGGUUGGUUUUGGGAUGUGCUUGAUACUGGACAAGCGGCGAUCGGUUUGGGUUGAUCGUCGGUUUCCUAGCACCGGCAGGACGGGUGUACUGUACGGUGACUAUAAGGCUGCAGGACGUACGGAGCAUCGUAUGCACACGACCCAACGGUUAUACCGAGGGUUUAAGGCGAGAAAAUUGCCCAUCGGAGGAGCGGUGAGAUAUUUAACACCGUGCGUCAUACAGACCGAUCCACGUUUGAUGCAGCAUGUACUGAGUGAAGAAUUUGUGAAGCUGAGCAGGGGUAAUGCAACAGCAAGUGCUACGUUCGAAAACUGGUGGAAUACGUUUGAGGAUGAACAUUUCGAAUCGUUGAUUGGCGUGGUGACGGACGAGAGCGUCCAGAUAACGGAAACGUUACAAUCGUCCAAAACACCUGUUGAUAUAAAAGCAAUCACGGAGCUGUUUGUGGCAAAAGCGUUAACGAGGUGUAUAUUUGGGAAGAGGUACGAGGACGAUAGUCACAUGCUGCCGUUAUCAGAAAAACUAGCCAAACAACCCUCUGGCAUUGUUUGGGAUGUGUUAUCGAAUGCUUUCCCGAACAAGCGAUUUACGAAAGUGUUACGGAAGGUGUUAAACCAUGUCCAAGAAUAUCCUGUUAUUCUUGAGGAGCUAGUUAGCUCCAUCUCAACUGCCAGCACCACGGACGCUAACUUCCUGAAGUACAUGAAACAAGAGGAACAGCGCACGCCAGCAACUGAUCGGUUGGGGUUUGAAGAUACAAAGUCGGUAAUGCUGGAAUUAGUGCAGAACGUGUUUUUCAUAGCAUCUGGCACAAUAAUUGCUUGCCUGUUUGAGAUGGGUCACAAUCAAAAAAUUCAAACGAACUUGCACAAGGUACUGAAGCGAUCGGGUGAUUCUAUGGUCGAUUAUCUGGACAGGGUUAUUGGAGAAACACUUCGCAAAUAUCCCCCCAUAGAUGAGAUAUCGUUUGUGACCGGUGCCAACAAUCGACUUCCUAGUGGUGAUUUGGUGGUGCCAAGGAAUACGAAAGUGAUCAUCCCUAUUUAUGCACUGCAUCACGAUGCUGAAUUCUACCCGGAUCCGAACCGGUUCGAUCCAGAGCGACCCGUGCUAAGAUCAAGAAAAGAGUCACUUCUCUACCGGCCUCUCGGUGGUGUGCCAUUCCCCAUAGGGUCGAACUUGGCCCUGCUGAUAGUUCGUGUCGGGUUGGGCAAAAUUUUGACCGAGUGUACCGUGCGCUUAAGUUCGGAAACUCCAGCGACGUUGCUGAUAUCACCCAAUCAACCGAUACCGUACCCCAGUGGACGUGUUGAGUUAUUGAUAAACCGUGCCUCGUAAGCUGUGUUAACAGCGUGUGUUGGCAAAAAAGAGACUUAUCGUUAGAUUAUUGAUUUUAUUAAAAAUAAAAAAAUGAAGGAAUGUGGUCAUGCACAAGAAGGAUA